CUUAUCGAGUGUCGGUCACAUAAGACCUCUGCAAAUAAUGGUCCGAAUUUAGCAGGUCAUUCUUCUCCCUCCAGCUCUCCAGCUAGUGUCGAAAACGUUCCGAAGCGUGCCUGGAUGAUAUGCAUGGAUGAAAUGAUAUGA